UGCAGUGGCUGAAGGCUUUCGAGAAUGCGCAGGAUGCGUCGGUCAUGUCUGAGUUGCAGAAUUUAUCUUGCUCUGCCAUGGGUUUUGUGCAGAGACUCACCUCAAGGUUUCCGCUGCACGCAGAUCUCGCUGGACCUGUGGUGCUGGCCGCGCAGGCACUCCUUCAUGGCCUUCAAAUGUUGUAUCGACAGCUUUGGCAAACUCACUCCGCUUCAGCUUUGGAAGCCUCUGGUGCGGGUAUUUGUUCAACUCCACAAUCGCCGGCACACGAACCUGGAGGCAUCCAAGUGGCUUUGGGCCCGGAGGCAGAUUCUGCCCUUGGCAAUCCCGAAGUGGCUUGUUGGUGGCUUCGCUGGACAGCACUAACUUUCUCUUCGCCCACACUGGCCGCCCCAAAACCCAAAGCUGCCCUCCAAAUGCUUCGGAAGCUAAGCAUCUUACAUCAAGAGGAUGAGAAUGAGAGAGCAAAGGACGAUAUUGAUGCCAUGACGCUGUUCAAGAUGGCGAAGGCCAAAGCAGAAAAGGAUGCUGCAGAGAAGGAGGAUGAUGCCACAGAGAAAGCUUUGUUUCCAGGUGAAGAUCAAGCCGAAGCUUAUGCAUUGCUUGGUCUUAAUGAGGAUGGAACCAAUGAUGCAGAUGGUGAUGGUGAAGUGAUUGGUGGAAGCAGUCUCUACGACAUGUGGGCAACCAACAAGGCUGCCUCGACAAAGAAGAAGGGAGAACAAAACCAAGGGAACAGUGGUCGGUUCCAUCUUCAACCUCAGCAGAUUUCUGAUCUCUGUGAGCUCAGUCUGGAAUGCUUUGGAAGCACAACUCCAACGAACUUCUCCAAGGAGGCAGAUGAUCUGCGACUCGAUGCUCUGGAUGCUUCACUGGAAAUGUUCAUCCGUCUCUGCGUUUGUGGCCUGACCAACGACAAGAUCACAAGCACCCUUCUGCCAGCAGACGUUGCCUUCCGCAUCUCCCCCAUGGUCUUGCUCCGACUUCACCGGACAGCCAAGCAGCUCCAGCCAGGUCCACAGAGGCUUACAGAUGCUGACAGCAUUGGCAAGAAGCGCACCGCAGCAGAAGCUCGAAAGAGCUUGCACAGUUCAGCAGCUUGUGCUUUCUACUCGGAGAGCAGUCCAGCCAUCCUAUUGCAGCUUGCAGCACCUUUGUCUGCACUUCUCGCUCGAGUUCGCGAACUCCUGGACCAGUUUGAAGAACACCCAUCGUUACUUGCCAUUGAAGGAUUGGUGGAGAAGAUGAUGGGUUUGAACCUUCUCCAGACAACUCCGAUGACUGUAGUCACGAUGCUUGAACUUCUUCUUGGCAGAGCGACUGUUUGGGAGGAAGCGGCGGCACGGCAUGUCUCCCUCCAAUCUCAGAUCCAGCCGCUGAAGGCGCUGGUGGUGAGCUUGCGCGAACGACAACUUCUGGAAUGGAAAGGUCUGCGGCAGAUCCGGGAGCAGCACUGGGAACGCCUUGGCGCCAAGUGGUGGCUGCACCUCAUUGGCCUUCUCUCGGAGGACAUGGACGCACGUGCUUUGGUUGAUGAGCUGCUGAAGUUUGUCCGUACUUCGCCACUGGGAGAAUUCCGCCUUCGCCUGCAAAUGCUCCAUGCAGCUGCACGGCUUCACUUAGAGGCUGAAGGCAAUUGCUCUUCCGGGCUUGUGGCGCAUCAUGUUUGGCACUUUAGCCGCAGAUGGCUACCGGCGGUGGAAAAGGAGCUGGUGAAGACGCAACAGGCUAUGGAAAAAGAGAUUCAGGAUCUAGUGAAGAUCGUCCGAUGGGACUUGUCCAACUACCAUGCACUGAAGGACUCUGUCUCCCGAAGUCAUCAGCAGCUCAGCCGGGCUAUUAAGCGAUUUGACGACAACCUGCAAGAGCUGGUAGACAUGGUGCUAUCCCGUGCAACAAUUGAAGGAGGCCGUGAAAUUCAUGAAGCCCAAGGAAGAAUCCUUGAAGUAGCGAAUUUCACUCUGAGCAGCGAAGAGAUGAACGUGCAGGCAAGUGGUCAAAGUGUUCGCAUGAAUGACAGCGAAGAAUUCUGGGCGGAUUCUGGCUUGAUUGUGGCAGCUUUGCCUUCCAUGCUGUCCAGCUUUGUUCGGAUGGUGGGACAGCAGCUUCUUCCCGAUGCGUUUUGUUUGGCGGCUCCUCAAGGCUCCGGACUCCAUGAGGUUGCGGAAGACUUGUGCUCCGAAGUGGGGUCCGUGCUGGAGUCCCUGCAAGACCAAGAGUCCGCGUUGCCAGUCAAACGGAGAAGACUGCAGGGAAUGAAGGCACUGGCACACCCGGAGCUUUGGCACACCCGGAGCUUAUGUUCCCAAACUGCUUGGGUUGAUCUGACAGGAGAUUUGCAGCAGCUUUGGAUUUGUUUGCGGCUUAGCAAUUUUGCCGCACUGUGUGGUUGCGAUUUUGCCAGCUUCAUUAUCCUCAUGGCUCAGGUCCCCCGCCCAGUGCAUGACGACUCCUUUGAUGUCGCUGAUUUCUUCAACCUUUCACUACCCGAACUGAGACAGGCAACAUCCAUGGGGAAAGCUCACUUGGCCCUGUUGAUGUCUGAAGCCUCCACUUCGCUUGCUGAGAAAGAGCGUUGCGGCUACACUCCACCAAGACCAGACCGAGGGACCUUACCGCUGGUGAAAUGCAAGUUUGGUUGGGAUUGGCUUCUGCUUCAAUCCAAGCUGUUCGAUGCCACCGUGAACGCUGUUUGGCCUGAAUCCUGGAGGGCCGGCAGAAAGCGCUUUUCCAGUGCCCGGGAUGCCUUUGGCCCUAAGGUGUUUCAGAAUGCCGUGGUCAAACUUGCAGAUGUAUAUGGAGUCGGGGCCUUGGUGGAAGAGGCUGCUCCUGCCACAGAGACCGGAUCCCAAGAACUCGCGCUGGAGAAUUGGCAAGGAGUUGCUACCUCCUUCAGCUCCGUAGUUACCUUUGUCCGAGAAUCAGAUGACUUCCAAUCUUUGGUCGCACAGGCUGAUCCUGAAGGAUCUUCAGUUGAGAAUGUGAGAGUGAAGGCGAACUUUCUUGAGCGUUUGAUCAGCCAGGAACCACUUCCCGCGAUCUUGAGCAAGAUUCGCCGGACGUGGAAAGGGCGUGACCUCGGCUGCAGUGGGGGAAAUGCUUUCAUUGCUUUCAACUCCAAGGGAUCAGUACAGGCAACGCAUCCAGAGAAGUGCCGCGAGGCCAUCGCGAAAGUGUCCCGAUGCGGUGAAUGGCCGCAGUGUGUCUUGCUAUCUUGUCAGCUUUUGCACCACUCUCUAUUUGGCUGGGAUUCAGACCGAAAUGAGCGUUCUCACUGGAGUACCACAGGCAAUCCCCAGCCAGGUGGACGCCGGAAAGCCAUUGCAAUCCUUGCAGACACCUUCAGUGAUGUCGAGUGGAGUCACAACGACAGAGGUUCAGGCAGACUUGUCUCGCCGCUUCCUGAUACCGUUUCAGUUCAAACCACGGAGGCUCCGGCAACGGAAUCGAACUCUGAAACAACACUUGCUCCAUCGGAGAUAGGCUACAUGCUCCCAAGAUCUGGAACUUGUCCCAAGAGUGCGCAACAGGUGACCACUCUGGAAGAAUGCAUCAAAGCAGCUGAGUACUUGAAGAAGAAAAUGAUGUCGCGAACGCCUUUCCACGCUCAUACCGACCCUCCGGGUUGUAUCUACCGCAAAGACGAUCGGGACAUUUUCUUCAACUCACGCGAGACAACAGACAAGGACACGGCCAAAGCUGAUCGGAAACCUGUUUGCAAAGGGGCAGUGAACAGCUUUGGGGUCUCUCCGACGAACCUGAAGCCUGUUGCAGCCUGGGAUCAGGCGCCUGAUGACGUCAGAGAAGAGGCUGCAAAGAUCCGUCUCUUCUGUUUCGCUUGGACGCCCUUUCGCCCAGGGGACGAGGCUGUGCUGGCCGAAGUCACCAAGCAAUACAGCAAGUGCGAUGGACAUGCGUUUUUCAGCGAUCGCUAUCCACAGGGCGAAGAACGUGAGGAUGUAAUUGUGGUAAAGGUGCCCGAACAACGAGUGCCUCGAAGCGAUGGUCUGUGGUUGUAUCAUCGCAAUAUGGUUGGGCUCAUGCCCACCUGGGAGCACAUGCUCCGAAAGAAAUUGCUUGAGGACUACGAUUGGGUCAUCAAUUCUGAGUUGGACCAUUUUCUGAGUCCCAGCCGUGCACGUUUGACAAUUGUCAGUUACCUUCGAACCCUGCGGAAAGGAAUGUCUAACGAGCAGAAUAGCAUCCACGGGCCUUUGAUGCUGAUGUGGGGGAAUGCUUUCGUCUUCAACAAGAGGAUGAUCAGCAUGAUGCGGGAACAAUGGAAAUUCCUGGGGGUGACUGAAAGUGGCAAGUCAAUUGGAGUCGGCUGUCCACAGUUUAUGCGCGGAAGACAGGAGUGGCCCGAGCACUGUUCGCAGGACAUUGUGUAUCCCAGCCUUGUGGCCGGAAUCAUGCGCGGCGGCGUGAACGCCUAUGGACGUCCUGGCUGUGGCCAAGCUGAUGCAACAACUCGGAACAACAUCCGGUUUCAGCUGGGCUGCUGGGAGAUGCAGCACAAUCCCUACGGGAUGUCAGAGGAAGGCGAACUGGAGGCGAUCACUGAGUUUGCGCAUGUCCAGAAGAUGAAGGAUGCCGACGAUGCUGUGAAGCGUUAUUCUGAAACCGAUCAGGCUGACAACCACAAGCUCUGGUAUUCGGCGAAGAAUGUGCCGGUGAUCCAUCACAUUGUGAGUGCUGAAGUGCACAGAGUAGCGCGUGAGCUGUUGGAUCCAGCCAAGGAAGCCCUCAAGCUGAUGCGCACUAGCCACUAG